GUGCAGCGGGAAGCCCUGUUUAUGAAGAGCGAGCGACACGCGGCCGAGGCCCAGCUGGCCACAGCGGAGCAGCAGCUGCGGGGUCUGCGCACGGAGGCCGAGAGGGCGCGCCAGGCCCAGAGCCGCGCCCAGGAGGCCCUGGACAAGGCCAAGGAGAAGGACAAGAAGAUCACAGAACUCUCUAAGGAAGUCUUCAGUCUUAAGGAGGCCCUAAAGGAGCAGCCGGCCUCCACGGCCUCCUCCGAAGUGGAGGCCCUCCGUGGCCAGGUGAAGGCUUUACAGGAGCAACUGGAGGAAGCGGCCCGUGACCACUCUGCGGUGGUGGCUUUGUACCGAAGCCACCUCCUGUAUGCCAUUCAGGGCCAGAUGGAUGAGGACGUCCAGCGGAUUCUCAGUCAGAUCGUACAAAUGCAAAGACUCCAGGCGCAGGGCCGCUGAGGCUGGCAAGAUGGCUGCCACGACCCCCCCAUGGAAGCCUCGGCCCCUACUCCCCCAACCCGCGGCGCCUCUCGGAGUGGCUUGCCUGGCCCUGCGGGGUC